AUGCAGCCACCGACAACAAUUGAGGGUGUACGAGAGAUACCAAAAGAGAUGCUCGAGUACAGCAGCGAGCCGGAUGAUCUGGAAGUUGAGGACGAAUUUGUGGAGUACGAUGAAGCGGCCUGUAAGGAGGCUGAUGAGGAUGUUGCCAAAGAGCCCGGUGCCGAGCCAGCUGUUUGUGCAAAAAUCGGCGAAGCAGUCACCGAAGAUUCCGAGAACAUGAUCGCGUACUACGAGGAGGAGGAGGAUCAGGAAGUGGAUGGUGGCGACGAGGAAGGCCCAUGCGAUAGUGCUGCAGGCGAAUCUUCUGGAGGUGGCGGUACUCAGAAAAAUGCUAGCACCACGAAUAAUGCUGCUGAACUUAAGGCUGAACAAAUUGAUGGAAAAAAGCCUGCAAACGAAACGAAUGGUGGUAAAAAUGAAUGCGCGGAGAAGCAGUUACCAGCUUUGCCUUUUAUAGAUUUUCAUAAGGCACACCAUUAUCUCCUGUUACCAGUGGAUUGGAAUGGUGCACCGGAAUUCCAGUGGCGAAGUGAGUCUUUUUUUUCAUUGAUUCUUUGUGCUAUAUUCGAAUAA